CGUCAGCUGAGUGGAAAGCAAUCCCUGUGAUCCGCGCCCUUAUUCAGAGCCGACAACAAACAGUCUUAUGUCAAGUGUAACCGUGUACUGGUGCGACCGCUUCCAACCAUUUUAAAAGGAUAAUGGAAGCAAAGGAUGUAAAUUUGAAUGAAAUUCACAAAUUACCUGAAUCAGAAUUCCGUAAACAUUUUACACAAUGGGUAGAAGAGGAUGGAGUCGCCCGGGCGCUUCAAGCGAAACUCCGCAAGCACCUUAUAGAGACAUUCAACAGGACUCAUCUUGGACGACGAAUUUAUGCAAUGUACUCGAAGGCGAACCGGAUGAUUUUAUCGCCUCUCAUCCUAGCCCUAAAUACAUUAGUAGCCGAAUUCCUAUACGCACAGAAUUGCCACUUCUCACUAUCCGUAUUCUCAACCGAAGUUCCUUACAGAAACACACUGCCAGACUUCGAAUCGGAAACACCAUUUCGAUUCACAAAAAGUGAUAUAAUGGAAAUUUUCGAGGCCAUCUCGACUAAUAUAUCCGAGGACUUCCAACAGACAAUAAUCCAGUGUUAUUUGAACGAUUCUACACCGAAAUAUUGUAUAUCCCUGUUGUAUCUAAUAUUUAAGCACGUGUUCAAAUUUUCACCAGCGUCUUCCGUGCACAGAAAAACUGAUGCAAAGACGCAUCAAGCAGAGUCGGCAAGGACUGAAACAUCAAGAGACAAGUCAGAUUCCGAAUCGUCUAAAGGAAAAGAUUGUCAAUCUAGUGAGGCGACGUCAAAAAAGCAAUUCGGUGCUCGCUAUAACAAUCAAUUCCGAUACUUGAACAAAUAUUUAGUCAUCCUCUCGCGAAAAGUAAAAGAAAUGUCCAUCAGCCUGGAACAACUUGAAGGACGAGAAGUGAUUGCAGACCGUUUAAGAAGAAAAUCUGUUCAAACAAGGAAAAUGGAAAACCUCAACCGAAGCUUGGAAAAAAUUUCAGAAAAUUUGAGGAUUCUAUCGCAGUCAAAAAGAAAGAAUCGAAAAAUGUCAGUCAUAAUUUCGGCAAUAGAUAAGUUGACGAUGCAAUUGGAUAAAUGUUCCCAAAAUUUUCAAAUGAUGUCGCGUAAUUUGCGAGAAGGUCCUGCUACGACUAUAGAUAAAAGUACGAGUGCAGCGGAAAAAAGUUAUGGUGAUUGGGUCAGGGAGCUGACAAGUACCAAAAGUGGGAAGAAAUUCGUGGCGAAGAUCGAAAUUGCCUUGCGUAAAACAUUGGAAGAAGAGAAAGGCAAACUUUCCCAUGCAUUCAACCAAAAAUUUGAAAAUCAUAAAGCGUUAUUGAAGCUGAAAUACAAACAGAAAUUGUUGCAGCGUUUAGAAACUCGUGCACCACCCGAAGCCAAUCAAACGGAUAAAUCCAAUGAAAUUCAAAGCUAUAUAGAACGGAAGCUAGAAGAACUCAAUAAGAAACACGACGACUUACUGAAGAAGAUCCAAGAAAGUGAAGCCCGUAUGAAAGAUAGUGAAGUUGUUUUUAGCUUAGACGAUGAAAGAUCUAAACAAAAACCUGCAUCCGCUAGAAGAAAAUUAUUUAAAGAAAUGAUUCCCACAGGAAAUCAAUUGUCCUCUGAAGAAGAUAAGGAGAGUAUACCACCUCGAAGAGCCAAACCAGUCGAAAAAACGAUUGAUUUGAAACCCCAACUGGAGGAAAUGGCAAAAUCGAUUGCAGAGCAAGAGAGAAAUAUUGAUCAUAUAAUCUAUGGAGCGAAGCUUCGCAUCCAAGAACUCGAAUACGAAAGCAACCAAUUGGAUCGAAGCUUCCAGGAUUACAUCGAAAAACAAAACAUCCAAAAACACCAACUGGAGACUAACGCCGCCCAUAUUUGGAACAAUUACAAUUUACAGAAGUCACUCUUGGACAGCAGACAGGUAAAACGUCGCAUUCGCCCCAAGCAACCUGAAACUGAGCAGGUCGGCAGCCUACCAUCAGAUGAUCAAAUUAGUCAAAGCCCACCACCAGCAGUACCAUCUUCCAAUGAUUUUGCUAAAAUCGAAAAACCAUGUGUGAUAACAUCACCACAUUUCGAGAAUCCUUUUCGUAAACUUAAAACUGAGAUCUUAGUGAAAGAGUCAUGGAAGUUGGGGAACAGAAUCACCUCUGAUCCAAACGAAGUAAUCACUAAACCUCAUGACUACGCUGAUGCCAGUACCAGCCCUGUUUUAGUGGACACGGAGACAUCGAAUAUGGAUGAAGUGGAAACGGAAAACAAAUUUCUGCAGCCAAAUAUUGAGGGUGACCACAAUCAAACUCCUGUUUCUUCUGAACUGAACUUAAAAGAUGCAACGCUGGAGGGUAUUGUGCUAAGUGAUACAAAAUCAUCGGAAAGAAGUCACUCUUCGCGUAAACCAUCGCUUGCGCUGAAGGUUCCUAAUGUUGUUCUAACGCGUAGUGCUCCUAGUGUUAAGGAUACGUCAUCUCAGCUGUCUGAAUCCGAUUCUUUGAGCAAAAAAUUAGACUUUUCUACCGGAAAACAAGGCUCAUCAGAUGAAAAUUUUUGGGAUUGAUUUUGUCAGCGUUUGUUAGGUAUUUAAUACAAAUAAAUUUUUCAUAUAUU